AUGUCUGAUCCGGAAGCUCUAGUACAAAAGGCUCAAAAAAAGGCCCAGCCUUCGUCAGGUUUCAUGAAGAUUUUUGGUGCUUCUGACACUUACAAGUACGAGGAAGCCGCAGACUUGUAUGUGGAAGCUGCUAAUUUAUACAGACUGCGCAAAGAACUGGAAAAAGCGGGCGAUUUGUUCUUGCAAGCAGCUGCAUGUCAGAUCCGGGCACAGAGUGAAGACGAGGCCGGAAACACGUUUGUGGAAGCUUUCAAGGCCUUCAAAGCCGGGUCCCUCCCCGAAAAGGCUUGCGAGGCCCUCAACAAGGCCAUAGACAUAUUCACACGGCGGGGCCAGUUUAGAAGAGGUGCCAAUUUCAAAGCUGAACUUGCAGAACUUUUGGAAAACGAACUGCACGACUAUGCCAAGGCAGUGGAGGCGUAUGAGGCGGCUGCCGAUUGGUACGCUCAGGACCAGGCUUUGGCGCUCGCAAAUAAAGCGUACUUGAAAUGCGCAGAUCUGCAGGCUCUUGAUGGUCGCUAUAUCGAAGCGUGCGACAUUUAUCGCAAAGUUAUCGCUAAUUCUGUGGGAAACAGGCUGAGCCAGUGGUCUUUGAAAGACUAUUUCCUCAAAACGGCGCUUUGCUAUUUGGCAGCCGACGACCAGGUUGCAGCGCAAAGGACGGUGACAGAGGCUCAGCAAGAAGAUUCAAAUUUUACCGGUUCUCGCGAGCAUGAAUUGAUUGCCGCGCUACUGGAGGCGUGUUCCGAAGGAGACUCUGAGAAGCUGAGUGCAAAAGUGUACGAAUUCGAUCGUUUUGCCAAACUCGACAAAUGGAAGACCACCAUACUGUUGAAGAUUAAGGACUCGAUAGCAUCUGCAGAUGACGAUCUGUUGUGA